AUGUCUUACAGAGCUGUCGCCACUGCCAUCCCUUUGGCUCGAUCGCUCAUUCGUGCGAGCCUUCGUCGAAGUCUUGAGCGUUCCCAGUACAACCGGCCCGCGUUUCGCUAUUCCUCAACAACUGUUUCCGCCUUGCGUACGAACCUCCAAGGGCCAGCGCUGCCUAACAUCGCUCCUGAAAAGAAUGUGACAACGCCGCAAACGCUGACGGAGAAGAUCCUUCAACGCUAUUCCGUCGAUCUUCCGAAGGGAAAGGUUGUCCGAAGCGGUGACUACGUCCAGAUUCAGCCGCACAGAUGCCUCACGCAUGAUAAUACCUGGCCUGUGGCCAUGAGGUUCAUGUCCACAGGUGCUACCAAGAUCAAGGAUCCUGCUCAGCUUGUCUUUGCACUUGAUCAUGACGUACAGAACAAGAGCCCCAGUAACUUGAAGAAGUACGACCAGAUACAGGAGUUUGCGAAGAAGCAUGGUGUCAACUUUUUUGGCGCAGGUCAUGGCAUUGGCCACCAAAUUAUGCCACAGUAA